AUGACGUCUUGGAGGGCCAAGAAAAUACUAGACUUGAUUCCUCAAGCAGAAAAUAAAAUCUAUAAUACCAAUAAGGAAAACUAUGAAGAGAUUAAAAACAAUCUAGAAAUAGAAGAAGAAAACCAGGAAAAUAUGGUCCCACCGUCCAUUGCAGUCACAGAAGAAGAAAGCACAGCACCGAUAGAAGAAUUAUUACACACUGAAACACGACCUAUUAGUCUUGUAUUUGACUAUAGAAGCGAUUCGACUGUAAGUGAAAAUAUAGAAGAUAAUGAAAAACCAGAGAAUGCCUCAGAAAACUUAGCAGUCAUGCAUUCUAGACGUCCAUCCUCACGGUCUUCCAAGGAUUCGGUCUCUUUUAGGUCGUCAUCAUCUAGUUCAUCGACAUCUAAUUCUUCUUCAGCGAGUUCUUCAUCUUCAACGAGUUCUUCAUCGUCAUCGUCAUCGAACUCGUCAUCCAGCAAUAAUAUGCCACAGGAUAAAGACACUUGUGUACAAGAACUUGAGCCAAGCAAUGAGGAUAAUAUACCACAAGAGAAAAACGCUAAUUUACAAGAACUUCGGCCAAGAAGUGAGGAGACUAUAUCACAGGAAAAAAAUACUAUUGUACAAGAACCUAAGCCAAGCAGUGAGGAGAAUAUACCAUCUUGCUCCAGUUUGAUAAAGAAUAAUGACAAACAGCAAAGGCAAUGCAGAAGUAAGAACAAUGUGAAUAAUUAUAUUUCUCCUAUUUAUACUGAUCAAAGCGAUGUUGAUAUCAGUGAUGAUGAUCCAACUGUGGAUUAUAAUACAAUAUUUGAUAGGCCUGCCAAACGAAAAAAAUUUCUAUUUGGGGAACCAACUCCUUAUUCUUCGGAUUCUAGUACUAGUAUAGAAGAAAAUAGCUAUAGAGGCCGAAAGCGGUCUAAAAAUAUUUACAAAUGGCAGCAAAUUAAAGCAAAACGGCUCAGAAAUAGAGGCGAAUCCUAUGUUUCAAUGUCAAAAUCUCGUAAAGUAAUUCCAGAACGCAUUUUAAAAGAUACGUGUACAGAAAAAUGUAAGUUAAAAUGUUCAGAAAAUAUAUCUUCAGAAAAUAGAUACAAAAUCUUUUCUAGCUUUUGGGAUUUAGGUAGCUUAGUUGCACAGAGGGCUUAUAUCCGAACAUGUAUGGUAGAUGUAACACCAAAGUACAAAUAUACUAAUGCUGAACAUCCUAGGCGUCCGAACAAAGCUUUCUAUUUCACAAUUGAUGACCAGAGAAUUAAAGUGUGUAAGACUUUCUUUAAAAAUACGCUGUCAGUUUCUGAACGAAUGGUUUACACUGUACAAUCUAAAAUGAAUGAAGGUUUUGCUAUGAAUGAGCUGCGAGGUAAGCACCAAAACCAUAAAAAGCUUGAUCCAGAAUUACUAAAUGAUAUUAGGAAUCAUAUUACUAUGAUCCCGAAAAUAUCUUCACAUUAUGUAAGAUCCUCAACUUCAAAAGAGUACAUAGGUGGUGAUAAAACAAUAAAAGAUUUAUAUACUGAUUUUGCUUCGCAGCAAAUGAUCAAUAACAAAGACGUCGGUAAUUACAUGGCAUAUUAUAAAAUUUUUACUGGUGAAUUUAAUUUAGGUUUUCAUCAGCCAAAGAAAGAUCAAUGUGAUCUGUGUGUCGCAUAUACUAAUUCGAACGAUGACCAGAAAAAAGAUUUGGAAAAUCAAUAUCAGAAGCAUUUAGAAGAAAAAACUUUAAGUCGUUUGGAAAAACAAGUUGACCGCCAAAACAUAACAAAAGAUAACAAAGUUGCAGUUUACGAUUUAGAAGCGGUAUUACUUUGA